GCAUUUAGUGUAAUCCGGGUCGAAUUUAUGAAACCGAGCACUCCAUGGAAAGGUGGACAGUGAGGUGAGUUUAAAGAGGGCGCAAAAAAUUACAAAAACUAAAGAACAAAAGUCUUUAUACCCUUUUUUCUCAUCAUUCAUUCUAUAGUUAGCGUGUGAUUAUUGGAGAGAGAGGGAGAGAGAAAGCAAAGCAAAAGGGAGUGAGAGGUAGAGAGGAACCCACCUCAGUAUUGCUUUCUAGUAAAUAAAAGGAACAAACCAAAUUAAAAAUAAACAAAGAACAUGUAGCUGAUGAAGGAAAAGAUGUGGACUGGAAGAGAAAGGUCGGCAACAAACAACUACUGAAGAAGAAACAUACAUAUAUAUAAGAAAUAAAGAAAGACAACAGAAGAAAAGGCUCGUUUCGUUACUUCAUCCUAAUACAUAUGUUUUUUUGUUAUCUUAUAUUACUACAAGACUGCAGUAGUUUCAGAAGACCAGUAGUUUCAGCUUGGCUUGGGGCUUUCAUUUGAUUUCCUUUCAAAUUUUUUUCCUCCUUCCUAUUAUAUGUUUUAGUUAACCCAGAAGGGAACUGAGUCAAAGUGACAGUAGCAGUAGCCGCAGCUAAGCUAACAGAAAACUCGCAAUCUCUUUCAGUAUAGCUAGCAGAUUAAUGGCAGAAGGCAAAGGAGAGCCAAAAAAAAAAAAAGAAAUAAACAAUUCUGCUUGCUGUGCUGUUCACUAAUUGGAAAGCCACCCAACAAAGAAGAUCUCUUUCUCUUUCUUUUUAUCUUCUUCUGUUACAAUUUCAGAGAUUCGACCCCACCCUUUCCCCCUUCUCUCUAACUCAUAUAACACCUAAAUAGAGAGAUAUCUUCUUUCUCCACUUCUCUCCAUCUUUUCUUUUUUGGUUUUUCCCUUGUUUUCCUUUUUCAUAUUGAAACUUGACUUUUACUCUUGAUUAUGUUUUAUGUUUGUAAAGAUUGAGUUUUCAGCAAUUGAAGGAGACGUCUUUAUCUAUAUAAUUUCGUUAUUAUCGUUGUCAUUGUGGCUACCACAAGAAGGCAGCUACCUUCAGACUCAGGAGCCUUUGCAGAUUGGGCGACAUCAUCGUCCGCAGCAAUCCGAGCUGGCCCCGAUGACCUGUCCCUUGGCUUCAACGCAAACGCGGCUGCCGCGGUGGCUGCUCCACCUGGAUCCACCAGCGCUCAAUGGCCACCCUCAGCUCGUCCACUCAACUACGGGCUUCCUUCUGAAAUGGGGAUGGUUGGUCUCCGCGAUUUCGUUGUUGUUGCUCCUGCGUCUUUUAACCAUCAUCACCAUCACCAUCACCACCAUGCUCAAGAUCCCAUCAUCGGAAAUGAUCAAAUCAACGGUCAAAAUGCUGCCACGGCACUUGGUGUUGGCGUUGGUGUUUUCCCACUCCUUACAGCAUCUCCAUGCUUAGCUCCUCAAAAUAUGGAAGAUUCUGAUUUAGUGAAUAACAGUGGUCGUAACAAACUCAGUGGGAUGCAGUUAUGGCAGAACCAAACCUCUCCUAAUUAUCUUAAAAAACCAUCUUCAAUCCUUGACAAUAACAAUUCUUCCAUGAAUUUGAUACAAACCAGUGGUGGCGGUGGGAUGGGAGGUGGGAGUGGUGGCUCAGGUACAAGCUCAGGGACUACAUGUCAAGAUUGUGGGAACCAGUCCAAGAAAGAUUGUAGUCAUAGGAGAUGUAGAACAUGCUGUAAAAGUCGGGGAUUUGAUUGCCCUACUCACGUGAAGAGCACGUGGGUACCUGCUGCUAGGAGAAGAGAGCGCCAGCUGAUGGCGGCCGCCCCUACUACUGCCUGUGCUGGCUCGUCAGGGUCUACUUCUGGGGCUAAGAAGCCGAGACUUGUGACUUCACAGACUACAACUACUCCUCAUACAUCAACUUCAAACACUACUCCAAGAAGCUUAGACACUAGCUCAAGUCACCAAGAUGCAGGCUUUAAAGAGACAUUGCCGGGGCAAGUACGUGCACCGGCGGUAUUCAAGUGUGUAAGAGUGACAGCAGUAGAGGAUGGUGAAGAUGAGUAUGCAUAUCAAGCAGUUGUUAAGAUUGGUGGACAUGUGUUCAAAGGGUUCCUUUAUGACCAAGGAGUUGAAGGAAGAGAUGGGUUUCCAAAUAUAUCUGAAUUGCAUCUUGGUGGCGGCAGUGGGACAAAUGGGGGUUCAUCAUCCUCACCUGUUCUUGAUCCUUCUCAGGUAUAUGCCGCCACUGGAGGUGGCUUGCUUGGUGGUUCAACUUAUGGUAAUCCAAUAAACUGAGGAGUAAACAAUAGUGGAUUGAUUGAUAUGGGGUUUCAUUCUCCUCUAAAAUCCUUCCUUUUUCUGCUGCAUACUAAUUAUUCAUAUGGUUUGGUAAAUUCUCACUUUGUAGAUUCAAUAUCCAUAUUAAAUAUUUUUUUUUUCCUUUUCUGGGGUUUCAACUGUGUCUUUGGCCUUCGAUUUUUCCUGUUUAUUUGUCUUUAAAAUUGCACUCAAGUGGGUCAUACUGAUCAUCUUGUCAACGAGUUUACAUUUACUUACCCUAUUAGAACAUGUUUUGUAGCGAAUUUACAGAUCGUAUAAAAUAAAGCUAAGAUCUUGAGAUCCUGCAUUUCUACAAAA